GGUAAAUCACAAGCACUUGUGCCUCUCUUGUAUUCCGGUUCAGUGUAGCAUAGAGCAGCAGCCAUGUCCGUCUCUCUGAGAGUCAGCCCCUCCGUGCACGGCUACCACUUCGACACUGCCUCUCGCAAGGCGGCCACAGCCAACAUCUUCCAAGGGGUCGACCAGGACUCCCUGCAGCGACUCUUCAAAAAGUCUGGCGACAAAAAAGCAGAAGCCAGAGCUCGCAUCAUCUUCUGCAUCGACCAGGACAGCGAGGAGAAAGCCCGGGCUCUGCAGGCUCUGAGGCAGAGGACUAGGGACAAGAUCCUGCAGUUCCUCAAGCUCCGUAAGAUUCCUCUCAAGGUCAUGACCUGAAAGGCUGGCCUGCAGAACUGACACUCUAAUCGCAGCGAUCCUGAUGUGCUGGUAUGAUGCUCCAGUAUUCAGAGACUGGCUCCGAGAGCUCACACUUCAGCUUGGAGAUACUUGGCCAGAGAGCUUACACUCUGACAGACUGUGCCACAAAAGCUGAUGAUCCAGUGCCUGUUUGAAGAAGCCGCAGAGACUGGUGCCCAUCCUGACAGGCGGAGAUCUUGUCGUGCCCCAGAGAUACCAGGGGUGAUUGGGCAGAGAAUGGAGAAACCAACCCCUAAGCAGCCUAUGGGGGAAUGGGGUACAGCGCCCCUGAACUGUCAAAACAGACAUGUAGCAGAGAACUGUGUGAUUUGGUGCUGCACAUUGACUUUUCUUACAUCCUGCUGCUAUGAAUUCUCAGUGAUGAUGAUGAUGAUGAUAUUUAUUCACCUGUGUUAUCAAUGUUCCUGAAUAAAUUCCUAUUGUUAUUUUAAUUCUCA